CAUUCUCAUCCUCGCACCUCAAAAGCUCACCAUCAGCUACAAUGGCCCGUCGCUCAGCACCACCCGGCUCGGGCCCUGCCUACUACUCAGGCGUGCCCCAGCGCGGUCGACUCGCAGACCCGAACGAAUCCGCAUUUUCUGCGUUCAUGCGCGAGGAGAUCUUCGCGCCCGAGAAGCUACCGGGCAACUUGAGCAUCCUGGUCGGCCUGUCGGUAUUCCUUGGAGGGAUUGCGGCGAUACGGACGUGGGGAGAGUUGAUGAUUCCGGCGUGAACGGAGGGAAGGGGAG